AUGUCGAUGGGAUCAGAAAUUGAGGAGUGUUGUCCCUAUGCCACUUCUAUUCAACUGCCGAAAAGUUCAGCCGCCGAACCCCAGGGUAUUGUAGGGGAUGGGGCAUCUUACAGCGACAGCGAGGAUGACGAACGUGUAUCGCCAAGGGAGAAGGUGCAAAAGACUGCCAAGGGGUACUCUGACUUCUGCGUCCGAUCCAUCAAUCAAGCUCCAUUUGGUCGGCGUGAAAUCGAGAUCGCUGAACAAGAAAUGCCCGGGAUCAUGGCAUUGCGCCGUCGAGCGGCGGAAGACAAACCGCUGAAAGGAGCGAAGAUCGUCGGUUGCACUCACAUAAAUGCACAGACGGCUGUAAGUCACGAUAUUUCGAUCCAGUUAUCCUGCGAGUUCUUUUUCUUAGAAUGUUCAGUUUUCCGAUCAGUUGCACCGUAUCUUGGAUUUGUUACCCGAGAUGCCGUGCUGAUCGAGACGCUUACUGAGCUUGGAGCCAGUGUCAGGUGGGCGGCCUGCAACAUAUUCUCCACCCAGAAUGAGGUUGCUGCAGCUCUCGCCGAUGCUGGGCUUUCCAUCUUUGCUUGGAGGGGUGAGAGCGAAGAAGACUUCUGGUGGUGCAUUGACAAAUGUGUCAACGCGGAGAACUGGCAGCCGAAUAUCAUCUUGGACGACGGGGGUGACGCGACGCACUUGAUGCUCAAGAAGUAUCCGGCGAUGUUCAAGAUGAUCAAAGGUAUUGUCGAAGAAAGCGUGACUGGCGUUCAUCGUUUGUAUCAGUUGUCGAAGGCUGGAAAACUGACUGUUCCGGCGAUGAAUGUCAACGACUCGGUGACGAAGACUAAGUUCGACAACUUGUACUCGUGCCGUGAAUCCAUCAUAGACAGCUUGAAGCGUGAGACGGAUGUCAUGUUCGGUGGGAAGAAGGUCGUUGUUUGCGGCUAUGGAGAGGUUGGAAAAGGCUGUUGCCAGGCACUGAAAGGUUUGGGUGCCAUCGUUUACGUUACCGAGAUUGACCCUAUCUGCGCGCUGCAGGCCUGCAUGGAUGGCAUCAGCGUCGUCAAAUUGAACGAAGUUAUUCGUCAAGCAGAUGUUGUCAUUACUGCAACUGGCAACAGGAACGUUGUAUCGCGUGAAAUGAUGGAUAAAAUGAAAAACGGAUGCAUCGUGUGCAACAUGGGUCAUUCCAACACCGAAAUUGACGUGGGCGGGUUACGCACGAAUGACUUGACCUGGGAGAGGGUUCGCACUCAAGUUGACCACGUCAUUUGGCCUGACGGAAAGCGUAUCGUGCUUUUGGCCGAGGGACGCUUGGUGAACAUGUCUUGCUCUUCCAUGCCGUCGUUUGUGGUCUCGAUCACUGCAGCUACUCAGGCGCUUGCGUUGAUUGAGCUCUUUAAUGCCCCUCCUGGCCGUUACAAGUCGGACGUUUAUUUGCUUCCAAAAAAGAUGGAUGAGUACGUGGCAAGCUUGCAUCUUCCGUCGUUCGACGCACACUUGACAGAAUUAACUGAUGAACAAGCGAAAUAUAUGGGGCUAAACAAGGCAGGUCCGUUCAAGCCGAACUACUACCGGUAUUGACACGCCUGCUGUGACCUUGGGCGCGUGAAUGUGAACUACGUGUGAACCUGUCGUUUCUUCAAGAUUGCUUUCCCGAUUUUUCCUGACCUCAGUUUAUUUUUGCGACCUCCGGUUGUCCGAAAAACCUGGCUGGUAGAAUUCCAAGUUUAGAGUGAAUGUUUUUUUCUUUUGUUUAUUGAUUGGCUCUUCUGCUGCAGCGUAAAUACACGAAGAGCAUUGCUGCUAUUCUACGGAGUGUUUAGGAGCUGUAGUUAGAGAGUCUAUUAGCUUUUAUGUCUUCCUUCAUCGGAGGAUGAACCGAGUCAUUUACAGAAUCGUCCCAACAAAUACCUGUAUGUACCUUGACGCAUGUAGCUUUGAUUGAUUGUGUUUUCCUGUUAGAUUCUUUUGCCCACAUACAGCUUUCGCACUCGGCGAAAUCUUGACUGUUCAGUAUUGUUUGAAAGACUUCGAAUCGAUCCAAAGCUCAUCGGGGUAUGAAGAUUAUUCCAACUUGAGACUCUGUUCGCCGAGUUUUCGUGGAUUAUGUUGUUUCUGCCGAAUAUGGCUCAAUUCCAGGUGUGUCUGUGACUGUGAUGUGGUGGAUUUACUGACUUCGGCUCAUCGGUGCUGGACGCAUGAAGCCUCGAUGUUGUGUCAUAUAGCUGCUAACUCACGCAUCGUGGUCAUGUAAUAUUCGCAGACUUCUUGAAUGUCCUGGGUUACAUCUGUUUUAUUUUUGGAAGGAGUUUGUGCAAUUCUGUUAGUCUGCAGUUGGUUCGUGCCAUUACGCACGUGGCAUCGCUCGAUACCUGUGCAGUAUGUAAUAUGCUUUAUAAAUUGGGAGAAGCUAGGGGGAUUCUUGGAAAAACCAUUCUACAGAUCUUUCCGUCUUAUUUUGGGUGUGGAGCACACCGCUGGCCGAUGUUCGCGAUGUCCUCAGUUCGUUCAUCGGUAGACUAUAGGAGUCCUUAUCGGACUUCUGGUCUCGUGCAUUUUCUCGUCUCGCUGUGAAAUGCUUUUCGUGAAAAAAUUCAGCGAAAUCGCUUAACUUCGGAUUCCAAGGAAUGGUCUGUUUGAUUUUGUGGUCGUGACAUUGGUCAUGCACAGACGUUGAAGAGAACAACUAUGCAUUGAUGUGCGUUUGCAUUUACCGGUUGUGCGUGGACUGCGGUGAGUUGUGGUUCCGGUCGUCAUCAACUGAUGUCAUCGCGGAAAGCUCAGAAAUUUAGUUGGAACAUUGUGCACAUUGCGCUCAGGAGUGAUGUUCCAUGCCCACUUAGACCAUGCGAAGUGUUGAUGAAGCACAAAUAUAAUAUAGUUUGUGUAGCCGAAAUCAU